AUGGCUCUUCCCUACGUUGAAAUAGAAUUCCGCUUUUCUCUUGUUCAAGAUGCUGCCGGCAGCAGCAGCAGCAAUAGCAGCAGCAGCAGCAGCAGCAGCAAGAUUUGCAUAGCAGAUGUGUGUGGCGCUGCAGCAGCUGCUGACCUCGGAGAUGAGGCUCCCUUUGUCUGCCGCCUGUACCAGCUGCUGCAGCAGCAGCAGCAGCAACAGCAGCAGCAGCAGCAGGAGAAUGUGUACAGAGCUGCAGUGUAUGGACAGCUGGACGAGGUCACCGAUUUCCUUAGGGAGAAGGUGGACAUGUUCCUCGUCAUACAGCAGCAGCAGCAACAGCAGCAGCAGCAGCAGCAACAGCAGCAGCAGCAGCAGGAGGAUCGCUACGUGGCCUUCGCUGUUCGCGAAGUUAUAGAGAGUGAUGAGCAGCAACUGCAGCAACUGCAGCAGUUGCAGCAGCUGCAGCAGCAGCAGCAGCAGGUUCUCUCUGGUGCACUAACAGCAGCAGCAGCAGCAAGCAGCGUCUCCUAUGCAGCAGAUCUAAACCCUGCUGAUGGUGGCCCUCGGCUGUCUAUACACUUGACCUUAAGGCAGCAUCUGCAGCAGCAGCAACAGCAGCAGCAGCAGCAGCAGCAACAGCAGCAGCAGCAGCAGCAGCAGCAGCGGAGCAGUCCCUCACAGAAGUGUUUUUUUCUGUCAUUUCAGCGUCAGGGUCAACGGGAAGGAAGUGAUCAGCCGCUUGUUGUAUGCGUGGGGUCUGCUGCUCGGAUCUGCCGCAGCAGCAGCAGCAGCAACAGCAGCAGCAGCAGCAGCAGCAGGUUUGCCCUCCUCUUUGCCCAAGACCUGCAGGAGGUGCUGCUGCAGCUGCAGCUAAUGAAGCCGUUGCUGCUUGCUGAACCAUCACAGCAGCAACAGCAGCAACAGCAGCAGCAGCAGCAACAGAGGCAGGGGGUGGGUCUACCAGUGGAUUUGUCCCCGCUGAUUGCUGCAGUGCAGCAGCAAAUCCAGGCAGAGCAGCAGCAGCAGCAGCAGCAGCAGCAGCAGCAAGGAAGGCAGCAGGUAAUAUCUGCUGCGGUGUAUGGGCAGCAAGGGCAGCAACGGGAGUCUCUGGUGGCGCAGUUGGAGUGUAUAGAGGCAGCAACUCCUCUUACAGGAAGCGGAGGAGAGGGAUGUGCUGUUUCUGUGGACGUAGAGACAGCCCAGAACCUCAUGCAUGGACGCAGCAGCAGCAGCAACAGCAGCAGCAGUAGCAUCAGCAGCAGCAAUAACCAGCUGCAGGCGGAUGUGCUGCAGCAGCAACUGGCGGUGCUGCCGCUGCAGCAGCACCAGAAGGAGGCAACUGCAGCAGCAGAAGUCCCCCUAACUGCUGCCCCCCAUCAUCAACAGCAGCAGCAGCAGCAGCAGCAGCAGCAAUACUGGCGUUUGUACAUUGACUGCGUCUCUGUCCAGCUGCGUCCUGCAGCAGGAACAGCAACAACAGCAGCAGCAAAUAGUUUGCUGCAGCAGCUGCUGCAGCAGGUGUACGUACACUACAACUAUUCUCCCUUUGGCAGCAAACAUCUUUUCUCUUCUUCCCCUCCUGUUAACUGCAACGGUGGAGGCGCGGUGGAGCUGCCAGACGGUUUGUGCGAAUACACCAUGAGAGCCACAGCUGAGCAGCUGCAGCAGUCGCUUGCUGCAGCACCUUUGUUGCUGAAGGUGUGCAGCAGCAGCAGCAACUGCAGCAGCAGCAGCAGCAGCAGCAGCGAUGUGCCAGCAGCAACAGAUUGCUGCCUAGGGGAGGCCCGUGUUGAUCUCUCGCCGCUGCUGCAGCAGCCGCUGCUGACGGAUGCUGCUGCGCCCCACAGCUACCAAACGCUUGGAUUGCUGCUGCCUCUCCAGCAGCAGCAGCAGCAGCAGCAGCAGCAACAGCAGCACAAGCUUCCAUUGAUUGAAGGUGAGGUCCACCUGCAGUUGUACUUAGAGCAUCUGCACUCCCCGUCAGCAGCAGCAGCAGCAGCAACAGCAGCAACAGGAGCAGCAGCAGGAACGGCAGCAGCAGCAGCUUUGCAUCCCAGUGCAGCACAGUCUCAAGAAAGUGCAGCAGCAGCACCAACAGCAGCAGCAGCAACAGCAGCAGCAGCAGCAGCAGUCCCAGCUCCAGCAACAAAUACGUGGGCGUCGUCAGGAGGACCCGAUGAUGAGGAACAGAUGGAGUUAUGGAAAGUAAAACACCAACUUGAGUCCGAGCGACAACUGCGGAGGGCGGAGACGGCAAUGCGUCAGCAACUAGAAGAGGAAUUCGCACGAGGAGAGCAGCAAAGAGCUCAGGAGCUGCAGCAACGCAAGCAGCAGCUGCAGCAACUGCAGCAGCAGCUGCGCGUCACGACGGAGCAGCUGCAGCAGAAGGCUGUUGAGUUGCAGCAACGGGAGUAUCGACUGCAGCAGGAGCAGCAGAUGCUUGCUGCUGCUGCAGCAGACGCAGAGAUGCGCCUUGCUGCUGAUUGCCAACAAACAAAAGAAGCAGCGCAGCAAGCGCUGCGGAUAGAAGGACGCCAGCAGCAGCUGCUGCAGCAACAACUGCAGCAAGCUUCUGCUGUUGCUGCUGCUGCUGCUGCUCGUGCUGCAGCAGCAGAAGCAGAAGCAGCAAGAUGCAGGAGAGAACUAUGCGAAUCACCAAUCGCUCAACUUAAGGCAGAGCUCCAACUUAAAACCUUUCAGGCUCAAGACUUGGCACAAAAGCUUGAUGCAAUGACGGCAUCAAGGAAUCAUUUCUUAAGAAGUUGUUCUUUGCUGCUGCAGCAGCUGCAUGCAGCAAGAGAGCAACUGCAGCAGCGGGAACCUGCCCCCGUACCAUGGGAGGCAGAGCUCGAGCAGAAGCUGCAUGCAGUGCAGCAGGAGGUUGAAGCUCUUAGCCACGUGCUGCAGCAGCAGCAGCAGCAACAGCACCAACAGCAACAGCAGCAGCAGCGUCUGGCUACCGCUGCAAGGGAGAACAUGGCGCCUGCUGCGAACAUGCAGCAGCAGCAGCAGCAGCAACAGCAGCAGCAGAAAGAUGCCUCUGGGGGAGCAACAACACCCCACAGGCCAACAAGCUGCAGCAGCAGCAGUUGCAGCAGCAGCAACAGCAGCAGCAGCAGCAGCAGCAGUUGUAAGAAGGACGUUGCUGCUGCACUGCAGCACGAAAUAGAUGAUUUGCUGCAGAGCUCCCUAUACACCCCAGAUGAUCCUUUAAUUAAGGCACUAGAGGAUGCAAGACUACAGGCACCAACAUAA